AAAAGGAAAAAAAAAAAAAAAAAGAAAAGAAAAGAAAAGAAAAAGAAAAAGAAAAUAAAGCUGAGAUUCCCGUUUUCUCGCCUGCUUACGUCAUGCAUUAUAUAAUUACGGGCUAAGAUUUAUCCGACAUUUUUCCGGCUCUCCUUCCUUUUUUUGCCCUUUUUUUCCCUUUCCUCCUUGCAACAACAACAACCUUGGAACAACGUCGACUUCUGCUGCCUGAAGGACGAACGACGAGCUCUAAACACAGCGCAGUCGUCUUGCUUCACGUUUGUACGACGCAUAUAAAUUAUAUUCUCUAUAGUAGGGCCUCCCUUUGUUAGUCUUUUUGAUCCUUCACCAUGUCUCGUGGCGGCGGCACCACGCUCUACGUUACCGGUUUUGGCCACGGCACUCGAGCCCGAGAACUCGCCUACGAAUUCGAACGAUAUGGGCGCCUCGUGAGGUGCGAUAUCCCUGCUCCCAGGACAGCUUCAAGCCGACUAUUUGCCUUCGUGGAGUAUGAGAGCCGUCGCGAUGCUGACGACGCUUAUCAUGAAAUGCACAACAAGCGUAUCGGUCGUGAUGACGUUUUGAAGAUUGAGUGGGCUCGCACUCCUCCAUCGGCGUCAUGGCGCUUCGAUUCCGGGCGUGACCGCCGUCGGGAACGCACUCCCCCACGUCGCAGUCACCGCUCUCCAUCUCCACGACGAGGCCGCGAUUACUCGCCCCGUAAGGACGACCGUCGCGACCGUGACUUUGACCGUCGUGAGAGAGACCGUUCUCGCAGCCCUGAUGACCGUGACCGUGACCGGGACCGGGACCGGGACCGGGACAACCGGGAUGACCGAGAACGUCGCGAAAGUGAGCGUGAGAAUGGUACCACUAAUGGAGAUGAAAGGAAAGGUAAAUAAAAGCACCUCUUGGUUUCCUUGGCGUCAAUUCAUUAUCAACUGACCCGAUAUAGUUCCCAUGGAUUCUCCUCCCCCAGCACAUGACGAGUUGGACACUGCUGAGUAGGUCAAUCGCCAAGUUGCGAAGUUUCCCCCCUUUCCGCCUUAACGCCGGAAAGCCGUCUCUUUCGCCCUUACAGAACCGUCGCUUUAUGUUAUUCCACACGGGAGUGAGGAACUAGUUGCUUUUACUGGGUAGUAUCCCUCUACUCCAACAGUUAACACUCCUCGCAGGUCAUGAUUUCGCGCCCGUUCUAUUGCUUCUAUCACCCCGGUUCUCUAUCCUUAAUCUCUUUUUUCUUCGUUCGUGCUUGCAUGUUUCUAUUCGUUUUUCAGUGGGCAACUGGGUCUUCUUGCGAUGUAUAAACACCUUUUAACAGCGUUAGGUAAAAUCUAACUUAGAGCUCUGUGGCGUCUUUUCUUUUACCAUAACCUUAAGAGACAGGUUUUACCAGGUUGGUGGUGUAUCCUUGCUCAAGCCACGGUGACAGGCUCUUACUAGCUCCACUAAAUAGUUAUUUAAUUCGUGGUUAUCAAUAAAAACAUAUUUGUUGAUUAUUCCUAGAACAUUUUUAACA